GGAUUGGAUUGGAGCUCGUAGAAGCAAAGAGGGAAAAAAACUCAACUCCAACUUUGAAAGGAAGUUACCACCUCUUCCAAACUCUCAGUGUACACACACGCUCAUGAGGACACCAGCAACACAGAGCCAGCAGUGAAAAGGGCUACUCAUAAUGCCGUGUUUCUGUUUGAAUUUGGAGGGAAAAAUGGGCAGGGAUAUUUGACAUUUGCCUGGGGCUGCCUGUGUAGAUACAAGAGCUUUUUGUCAUCUUAGACUGGUUGGCCAAAUGAACUGUUUUAACCAGAAGACCGAAGACUACAAGCCCUGAUAUUCACCAAACUCACAAUGGCCUGGGACUAAAGACUUUCAUUUUGUGGGGGUGAAAAUAUACAAUCAAUAUGGAUGUGAAAAAGAAGGAGAUGGACCUUCUAAGCAACACUAUUGCUGCAUAUGCACACAUUAAAGCCAACCCAGAGAGCUUUGGGCUGUACUUUGUCCUUGGAGUCUGUUUCGGCCUGGUGCUGACACUCUGCCUCCUGGUCAUCCGCAUCUCGUGUAAGCCUCGGACCACCGUCUCCACCUCCACGCCUGAGAAAAAACAGUUAAAAGACAUUAGUGUGGAGGACGAUGAGAGUGAAGAGGAGGAUGAAGAUGCAGAGGACGUAGAAGCCACACCCAUAACAUUGCCAACCACAGAAAUCCCUAAUGGUAAUCACACCAGCCAUUCCGACGGGACUCUGAGUGUGAAUGUGUUUACCUCAGCUGAGGAGCUGGAGCGGGCACAGCGGCUGGAGGAGAGAGAGAGGAUCAUAAGAGAGAUAUGGAGGAACGGACAACCCGAUAUUCUGGGAACAGGGACUGGGACUAUAGGCAGAGUGCACUACUACUAACAUUUACAAGUCACCAAAUAAACACUGGGAAGCAUUGUUUUUUGUUUUGUUUUUUUCUACAAGGACAGGUCAAGUUUACUCAUGACUCAACGAUGGGAUCUGAGAAGGGUUUGAAAAUAUGUGGUUAUCCACUUAGCUCCGACAGAGCUGAUGUAGGCUAUGUUUUAUUGCACUUCCAAUGCUUUCUACAUGGAAUAAAGCCAAAGUUAUUAAUCAUUAUGAAAUGCAAUAUGAGUGUGGGUGCUGAGGGACACUUGAAGACGUUAUUUACAAAAUAUGUAGCUUGAUUAAAUGCACACAAAUUGUUACAAAAUAUUUUUUGUAUGCAAUAAACCAUUAAAACACA